AUGAAAGGGCCUAUCCAUGUCAUCUUGACUGGGACUUUUGAUAUUACAGGCACAGCGCCGCCGCGAGAUCUAAGGGAAUUCGGGCUUCAGGGCCAGCUAGAAUGGGGUCUUGUUGCACUCGAGCGCGGCCUGCACAGCUUUGGGCGUUUGUUGAUGUCCCCUGGGCAGCAGGUGAUGCAAGUGCGUCUUGAGGGACAACCCGGCGCAUCCACCAUACCACGUACUGACUGGCGACAAGGUGAUCGGGCAAGUCUUGGGGAUUCAGGAGUCCAUCGCGUUCUACCUCCGCUACCAUCCUUAAACUCCCCCUUUGCACCGAGGGAACAAGCGCAUUCGAGCUCGCCACUCUUUCAAACCACCCCAGACACUCCCCAGUCCAGCAGCAAUGUGCAAAUACAAUACCUUCGCCACGAAAUCACAUCCAAAACACUCGCACUGCAAGACCUCCAGCGCGACUACGACAAACUUCUUACCACCGUCAUCCCCCAACAACCAGCCCAUAACUCAUCCGACCUGCGACCUCUACUACCCAACAAGCCAAACUUAGAAAAGCAAGUGAGCGAACUACAAACACAAGUAAACGAGCUCCUGCAAGCCCAAGAAGAGACACAGCGCGAAUCAACCGCGAGCCGCAACCAAUACAUGCAAAUAAUGGCCAUGUCGUCACGACUACAAGCACAAAGCACGACAGAUGCGCGACGGUGGCAGGCUGAAAAGGAAGAAUGGGAUAACCAAAAAAAGGCCCUGCUUGACAAAAUCCACCAUCUUGAGCGGCAGGUUUAUUAUGAUGAGGAAGAAAAUAAUAGUAGUAAUAAUAGUACUAAAAAUAAUAUGGAGGCACUGGAGCAAAAAUGUCGUGCGCUGGAACGCCAUAUACGAGGCCUGAAUGAGGAAACGAUGCAGUUGGAUGAGGCGCUGCAAACGACGCUGCGUCUUUCGGCGAGCAUUCGUGCCAAGGUCAAACAAGCUGGGUGA